GAACAAGUGAAUAUUUUCUCCAGACCCUUCACCAACCACCAUGUCAAUCAACAUUUUACAUUAUGUACUUGGAGUGACUUCUGCAUUGUGCAUUUUGAAAUCCGGUGUUUUCACCUCAGGGGACACAAGCCUGGACACAGAAGUUAAUGCCCCGCCACCAAUUGACUGUGAGCUGAGUAGUUGGGGCAAGUGGAGUGAAUGUGAUCCCUGCACUAAACUACGGUAUCGUUCACGGAGCAUUGUGAAGUUUGGCCAGUAUGGCGGAAGGCCUUGUCGGCAUUCAUUGGGUGACAGCCAAUCCUGCAAGCCUGACAAAAUAUGUGAGGAACGAUCUGUUGACUGCGGGAAUGAUUUUGAAUGUGAAUCGGGUAGAUGUAUUAAGACGCGCUUACUGUGUAAUGGUGAUAACGACUGCGGUGACCAUUCUGAUGAACUAUGUGAGGAUGGACAAGAUCCAAAGUCACCCUGUCGCAACAUGGACAUUGAACUGUCUGAGCUCGGGCGAACUGCUGGGGAUGGUUUGAACAUCUUAGGCAUGGACACAUUGAGGAACCCUUUUGACAAUGAAUAUUUUAAUGGUAUUUGUGAUAGAGUUCGUGAUGGUAAUACCAAAACAUAUUAUCGCAAACCAUGGAAUGUUGCUGCUUUGGUGUAUCAGACUAGAUCUGAUAAAUCAUUUACCACUGAAACCUUUGAGGAUGCUAAAGAUGUGAUCCAUAGGAUUUCUGAAGAAAAGACCAGUGAAUUUGAAGCAUCGCUGUCUUUGAAAGUGACGCCCACUGAAAUAAACAAUGACUCUGUAAAUAUCACAGGAAAGUUGGGGAUAAAUACAUCUAGAAAUGAAAGCCUUAGCAACCUCAAAAAGUACGAAGAAAAUAAGACAAAAACAUUCUUCAAAGUGUCCGGAUCUCUUCAAUUAGCAACAUUUCAGAUGAGAACGAGAAGUCCUAUGUUAUCAAUUUCUUUUCUCGAAGAUUUAAGAAGUCUUCCAACUUCUUAUGAAAAAGCAGAUUAUUUUUCUUUUCUGGAAAUGUACGGAACCCAUUACACAGUUUCUGGAAAGCUUGGGGGAAAAUUUGAGCUUGUUUAUGUGUUGGAUUCCAGUGUAAUGAAAAACCAAGCUAUCACUACAGAAGAUGUAAAGGACUGUCUUGGAUUUAACCUUGAUGCAAACGUCGCCAGUCAAGGAGUCGAUCUCAAAGCUGAAAUAAAGAAUCCUAAAUGCACACAAAACAACCAAUAUGAUGAAAAUAACCCAAUAAAAAAAUCUGUGAUUACUGACGUCAUCAGUUUUGUUGAGGGAGGAACAGUGCAAGCUGCAAUACUUCUUGAUGAAAAGCAGAAAAAACAGGACGUUGAUGUAGAAGACUUUGUAAACUGGGCCUCGUCCAUAGUCGAUGCACCGGUUGUGAUAAAACAAAAGCCAGCUCCAAUUUACAACCUAAUUCCUCCUGAAAUGUUUAAUGCCUAUACAAAGACACGGAACUUAGAACGAGCAAUUGAAGAUUAUCUCGAUGAACACAGUGUGUGCAAGUGUCAGCCUUGUCAAAAUGGCGGCACAGUGAUGGUUAUUGACGGCAUCUGCCUGUGUAAAUGUCCUAUACGUUAUACCGGUGUGGCCUGCCAGACACCAAAAUCAGAACUGUAUGAAAGAGAAAGUGCAGUGCAUGGAAACUGGGGGUGCUGGUCACCUGUAUCAUCAUGCACCAACGGAGAAAUCAAACUAAGUCGCACGUGUGAUAACCCUGCACCUCAAAAUGGGGGUAGACCAUGUGCAGGAGACAACACAAGAACUUUGCCAUGUUAGUAAUGCUAUGGAGAAACUUUGUGAUAAAAGCAAGUGGGAAAAAAUGAAGCACUAAACAAAACAAUAAAAAAAUGAAAUGUGAAGUAAUUAAAGGAAGAAUGAAACAGCAAAA